AUGUCAAAGAAGAUCACAUUCAUUAGAAGCGCAGUCAGACCUCCACAGCCAUGGUUCAUCAUGCGUCGUGGUGACCUGAACGAUAUGUUCAAGUCAGACCCUGACGAGGCAGGCAGCAUGUCAGCAGAGGGCAAUGAUGAUGCUGAGCCCGAUCAGAGAAACAAUGAGGACGACGACGAUGGAAUUGGCAUGGACAUGGAGAGCGCGAACAACGACCCCGACUUCCACGAUGAAGAGGUUGCUUUUGACGACUCGCACGACAAUGAAAAGAUGAAGAUGGAUCGCUUCGUCAAGCCAUCACGUAGACUCUUCUUGAGAAACAAAUACGUUCAGCGUCUAAAGUGGAGGCAGUUCCUGACCUACACAAUCGACAACUACGACAAACUUAGAGAAUCUGCAAGAGAUGAAGCACAUGAUCGUUUAGCAAUGUAUAAGAUUAAUAAUAAGAAUGAAUGGAUAUAA